AUGGCAGCAACCGCACAAGGGCACCAAGUCCACCCAGAUGGACGGACAUGGAAAAGCCACUUCCCCAAGGGCGAUCUCUGGGUAUUCGGAUACGGGAGCUUGAUCUGGAAGCCACCACCGCAUUUCAACCAGCGUGUUCCUGGGUAUAUCAGUGGUUAUGUACGACGGUUUUGGCAGGCUAGUACCGACCACCGCGGUACACCAGAGCAGCCGGGUCGAGUAGUCACAGUGAUUGAGAGGACUUUCUGGGAGACAUUGGAUGACCCGCUUGCACACCGAGAAUCUGAAUCAGCAUCAACAGGCAAAGUCUGGGGCGCAGCAUACCACAUCCCAGCCUCGCACGCAGAAGAAGUGCACGACUACCUAGACGAACGGGAAAUAGACGGCUAUAGCGCGCACUACACGCCAUUUCACCCAACCAUCGACGUGGAAGGCGCGACAGAUUCAUCGCCGAUUAUCUGCAUGGUGUACAUCGGUCAGCCAUCCAACCCGCAAUUCCUGCGUGAGGCUGCCCGACGUGAGCCGCAGGAUGUGGCGCAGGUUAUUAGUGCCGGACAUGGCCUUAGCGGGAAGAAUACUGAGUAUUUGUUUUUACUGGAGAAGGCACUUGAGGGGCUUGGGCUUGGUACUGCUGAUGUUCACGUCACUGAUUUGGUGAAACGGGUCAAGGCAAUUGAGGCUGAGGGGCUGGGCGAGGCUGAAGAAAAGGAGGCUGAGCUUGAGGUUACUAAGUCGCUGGAGGGGGCAUCUGAGGCGUCUGGUGAGGCCAAUGGUCGGGGGACAAUUGAAUGA